UUUCAUUAUUUUUUAUUAACUUGAUAAAGUACAUUUUAAUAAAUGGUGUUAAUUUUCAAGAGAUUUUAGCAGUGAAUAAUUGAAUAGUUUUAAAAAUAAAAUUAAAAGCUAAGUCAUGUUAUAAUUUUUUUGCAUUUCUUUUUGUGUGAAAUGAGUCGACAAUUUUUCAAGUUUGAAAUUAAUUUUUGUUCGUAUAGACGAAGUGUAAAAUCGCGUGAUUAACGAUUUGAGGGUGACUUCUAUUGAAAUGAAAAGCCUAAGAAUCGUUCGAGUAGAUCACGAGGUAACCAUUUACGUCCCUAGAGAAACGAACAAGUUUCUUGGCUUGAGAGAAAUUUCAAUAAUUACGCGGUCUGAAGUUUCCGGCGAGCCAUGAACUUCGACCUCACUACUCGACAGCUACACAGAGAUUCUCUUUCUCACUUACUCCCCCGAGACCAGUCCUAGUGUGUUGUAUAUAUAAAUUAUUGUAAAGUUUUCUUAUGGCUGUGGAAAAUUUGAAGGAAAUGAGAAAUCAAUAGUUAUUAAAAAAAUCUUAUGCCCUAUCUUCAAUCAUUAAUUUAGAAAAUUUAUAUUAAUUUUACUAUGAAGGAAAUUUUGAUGAACUUUAUCAAAACUAUUUACUCUAUCUCUUUUUUCAUUUAAUAUGAAUAAAUUAUUUGAUAUUUAUAAAUUAAAUACUUUAGUUGCGAAAUAAAGUUUCAAUUAUUAAUCAAUUUAUUUUUCAAUAACAAAGAAAAAUGAAGUAUAGAGGUAUUCAGGAAUGUAAUAAAAAUUCAAUUGUGUACAAAACUCAGUAAACAUGAGAGUUGACGAUAACACAUAAAAUGAAGGAAAAGAUGGAAAAAGAGAUUUAACAAGAAUAAAGUACUUUAACCUGAAAAUUUGUAUGUAAUAAAUUAGUAAAAAUGUCGUAGAAUAAUUUUAAAAUUCCACGGAAGGCGUGAGUUCACGAUAAAACAAACUCUCGAUGGAAAUACGAGUUACGUAAUUCGAGAGUGUGCUCUCGCGAUUCAAGUAUGAAGAGUUUUGCGUGUUGAGAAGUUGGAGGUUGCAUUUCAGAGUCUCCAAGCAAGUCUCCGAAUACAAAUUAGUAUAACUUUCUUUUCAUCGUGGAGGAAAAAGUAGAUGAGGAUCAUUAAUAACAAGAGAUCUAUGAUGCGCCUGAACUUUGAAAUAGUUACCAAACCACUCAACCAACACAGUCUUUUACAAUCUACCAAAAAAUGAUUACAAGAAUAUCAAAAAAUAUGUAGAUAUAAAAUAAGGAAACUUACAAUUUAUAACAUUUAAAUAAAAACAACGUUGACAUUUAGACAAAUGGAUCCAACGUACGUAUUUCUGAGGAAAAAAAAAUGCGAACUUUCUAGUCUUAAAUUUGAUGAUCGAACAAAUAACCAGAAUAAUUGAAAUAAUCAAAAAUAAAAGAUUUUUAAAUGUUUAAAAAAAUGUAGAGAUAUAUCUUAGAUGCAUGUAAAAUAAUUCAAGAGUUUCUCUCUAUCUUGAAAAAGUUCUGAGAGGAAAAGAAAGAUAAAGUAAAAUGGGAGCAGCGAGACUUUUUCUUGGCAGUGCAAUUCUUGGUCUCUUCUGGGGUGGAAUACCACGAACAAUUGCCUCAGACACCCUCGAUGGAAUCUGCGAAUCAUCCCCUUGUGUUUGUGAUCAUCAUGGGAGACUCACUUGUGAUUGCGAGGACAAAUCUGAGGAGCUGAUCCUAAAAGCGGAGGGUGAACACCGAUUGAGUCCACAUACCAGCCGGAUAACGAUUAAAAACUGCCCAUCAGCAAUACUGAUGAAUUCCAGCCUAUCAUCAAUGAGUGGUCUAAGGUCUAUUGAGUUUAUCAACAUCUCCAACCUAACUCUCUUCACUCAAUCCUUUGAAUUAUCAUCGAAAACAUCGAAAGCAAUUAUUUCAAUUCACUCAGCCAAUAUCGACGUUCUUCCAAGUUUCGUUUUCAAGGGUGAUAUUGAUUCCAUCAGUUUCGAAAAUGUUCACAUUGGAUUAGUGAGUGCUUUUGCCUUUGCCAACUUAGCAGGCACUGAUACAUUAAGAUUAGAAGACUGUCAAGUUGAUUUAAUAGAAGAGCAAGCAUUUAAAAAAUUCGACGUCAACUAUCUCCACAUCAUUCGUGGUAAUUUUGGUAAUCAAGUACCAAGUCGAACAAUGAACGACCUUGAAGUAUUUACUACCUUUCUAUUAGAUGGAGUGACAAUGGGAAAUGUACGUUCAUCAGCAUUUGUCAUUAAAAAACCUAAAACUGUUUCAAUACAAAACUGCCUCAUUGAUUCACUAGAAGAAGAAGCUUUUGAAAUUAGCACUCGUGGUGCCGUUCUGAUAAAAAAUAAUCGAUUUAAUAAUUUAGCAGCUGGAGCUUUUUUGGGAAUAAAAGCCGAUACUGAUGAUCGUCUUCCACCUCUUGGAUCUACACUUCCAGAAAUCAGUUUUACCAACAAUACUCUUGACAAUUUUGAAGAAGGUUCAGUUAUGUUUGAUCGUAGUAGCUUCCGACCAGUUAUAGACAAUAUUUUCAUCAAUAAAACAUGCGACUGUGAUCAUAUGUCAGCAUGGAAAAAUAACAUUCUAAACUAUAGCAAUGUUUAUACGAAAUUUUACACUGGAAAUACAUUACUUCAAACAAAUUCCCUCGAGCCAAUUGAAGAGGGAACAUUUUUGUGUUCAGAUGAAACAAGAAAUAUCAUCACAUUCCGAGAAUUUAAACAACAAAGCUGUACUUUAGGGAAUUCAACAAUGUUAUUUCUACUACUUCUAAUUGGACUGCUCUUACUACUGAUCAUUGCAAUCGUUUUGAUCGUUUGGUGCUGCCGAAAACAUCGAGGACAUGGACAAAAGCGUUGGAUGAGUGUUCCUACAACCGCACCAGAUGUUGUAUCAAAAAAAAACGGAGUUAUUGGACGUGAUGGAUCCACUUCAAAUGCUCCAGUAGAUUCAAGGAUAACCAUGGUUGUUCCUGACGGACGACUUUAUCGUGAGACUGAAUUUCAUGUUAUUGUUGAAAAAGCAGAACCACUCACUACAGAAUUGUAACGAGAGCCUUCCCGCGCUUCAAGCUCCAGGCCGAGGAAUUAUCGACCACCAGAAUUUGGAUCUGAAGAGCGCGAGUGUCGUGUUUACAAAUUGUGAAGUGAUUAAACAUUAAAAGAUAAAAAUAAGAAAAAAAUUAACUCAAGCAGUGGUGAUGAUAAUUGUGAUGGAAAUUGUGGAAUAAAAGACUGGGUGAGACAUUAAAACACUGUGAGAGAAGUGAAACAAAGUGGGGACAUGACCCACUGAUAGCUUUAAGACUGUCAUAAACAAUGAAAUACUUAAGUGAUUACCCUUUAGUACAAGAUUCUUAAGCCUCUACAUAUCAGAGAGGUUGUCGAUUUCAAUAAAAGCUUUGUUCAUACUGUAA